UUAGUUUCCUGCAGUCAAGUUAAGCUUCACAUUCUACGACUCGCUGGUUCUUCGUCUUAUGCUGGGGGGGAGUAUCAACGUUUCCUUGAGUCACUCAAUAUUCGCUCUCCUGAGACUCUCUACCUUAUCAUUGCCGGGAUGCAGAUGCCAUUCUGCGACGGCUUGCCCGUUAGCUACCCUUGUUCAGCUUCUCCUGACAGCAACCCACGACAGACUUGCACGACACAAUCAACACCCGGCUGCGGAGGCCAUCCCAAUCCCGAGGGUUAUUACACUCCCUCGCCGUCUUUGGUCUCUGCUGAAACAUUUCAUGCGGCUCAUCAUCAAACCACACACUUUCCACCUAUCUUAGCCACAGCCAUUCAAGCAUACCCUUUAUCACAGAUUCGUUCGGCGGGCUCAGCGCAGGUCAUGUGGCCUACACCACCAGCUACCACUUACGAGGACUUCGAGGACUAUACCUACCAGCAUUCUCCAACUAGCAGGCCUUUGAGUGUUCAUCCUGACACGCCCUCUAUCAGUUCCUCUGUCAACAGUCCUCGAAGCUGGUCAUCGCCAGACGCACAGCAGCUGAGUUAUAAUCAGGCAGUUUGGAGAAGCCAGGAAUCUACUCCUCCCUAUAGCAUGCAAUUCAGCAUCCAUGUGAACACGGAUGAUCGCUUCCAUCAGCAAUUGGCCCCUUCUCCCUAUGCAAGUAGUCUCCUAGCAACCAACAUGGAGCAUAAUGCCAUGUCACCAGAGGCACCCGGUAUGAUCACAGACAUUGUAGAUUCUGCCAUGUCUAAUCGUAGUGUAUCACCGGUGCCAAACAACGGGCUCAGCAAUGACUACACCUUUGAUGACGAGGAAACAAGCUUCGCCCCUGGUCGGGGAGAUAACGGCUCAGACGAAGAAGAAGCCAAGAGGGAAGACGAGCCAUAUGCGCAACUCAUUUACAAGGCUUUUAUGAGCCGAGAGGACCAUGCUAUGACACUGCAAGAAAUCUACCAGUGGUUCCGCGAGAACACAGACAAGGCGAACUCGGAGAACAAGGGCUGGCAAAACAGUAUCAGGCACAAUCUAAGCAUGAAUGGGGCAUUCGUUAAGCGUGAGAGGCUACCUGAAGCUGGUGGCCCAGUGACAGACAAUGGGGAGCCGAAGAAGACGAGCGAAUGGCUGCUACAAGGGUGGGCAGUCACAGAAGGAGUGCAAAGCACUACUCGAUAUCGUAAGAGCAACCCGAGCCGCCGAGGCGGCUCGAACUCGCAACGCCUUCCUGGUAAUCACCAUCCAUCAGCACGAGCUUCAUCUGGACGCAAAGGUGGCAAUGCCGCCAGUAGAACCAGGUCAGCGGCCAGUCGUACUGCUUUACGCAGGCAGCAAUAUUGUGAUUUGGCACACUCAAUCAGAACCAAAAAUACAUUGGCACCAGAGGGGUUCAUUGGUCGGCAGUACGUUGGACCGCAAAGCAUGAAUUUUACUCACUCGAUGGAGGGCAAUCCGGUCACGCCUCCAGAGGUUCCUGUUGGCGCUAUCUUAUUCGAGGACACGAUGCAUGGACAUCAAGUACUCCAGUCUGGCACUGCUCAGGGUUACUACUUCGAACCUACCCAGCCUCAACACAGGCAUAUCCGUCAACCGCACCCGCAGUCCCACCCAGGCCCCAACGCUUUCAAGCUAGAAGAUAUCACAAGCGUUUAUCAGCCGCCGCCAGUCGCUCAGGCAUCUGAUCCCAAUGAUCCAUCGCAACUUACAGCACAUCUUCCUACAGCCUUCAGCCAACUAUUCACGGACGAUGUCGGAGACAACCCCGCUCGUAUCAGCAACAUGGGUUAUGGUUGGAAUGACGGCAGUCACUACCAAUUGUAACUCUGAUAUGGAUGGAAUACAUACAAACCCCUCUAUAUCGCUGCACAGUGGAGGGGCACCAUUCCAAAUGGGAACUGGAUAGACGGUACCUUGACCCAAAAUCAUGCGAGCCAGGGAGGCCGCCAUAUUGAUCAUCCAAAAAUUACUUCACGGGCGCUGAAAUUGCCAAACAGCGAUAGAAUAAUAAGACUAGACCAUUCGUUCCUCCACCUGAUUCCAUAUUUCUUGUCAUCUCAUUCGAUAUCUACCAGAUUCUAAGGUAGCAUGGUCGCAACUCCGGACGAACUGACGUCAAAGCAAGGAG